UCCCUGUCAACACAUGGUGACCCCAGACACUCGGCCCUUUUAUUUAUUUCGUCGUUGAGAGGCGGACGACUAACUCGGUUAGAACUUAGAAGUUGGCAGUUUGGAAGCUAGGAGAAAACUACUGGUACGAGAGAGAGAGAGAGAGAGAGAGACAGAGAGAGAGAGAUGGUCGGACCACCACGGCCUCAGUUCGUGUUGUUCGGCUCCUCCAUCGUUCAGUUCAGUUUUGCCAAUGGUGGAUGGGGCGCCAUUCUCGCUGACAUCUAUGCUCGAAAAGCAGACAUAUUGGUGCGAGGAUACAGUGGUUGGAACUCAAGGCGUGCUCUCCAAGUUGUUGAUCAAGUUUUUCCUAAGGAUGCUGCUGUACAACCUUCUCUGGUGAUAGUUUAUUUUGGGGGAAAUGAUUCAAUGGGCCCUCAUUCAUCUGGCUUAGGCCCUCAUGUUCCACUCCCAGAGUAUGUUGAAAACAUGAGAAAGAUUGCAUUUCAUCUCAAGAGUCUUUCAGAGAAUACACGCAUUAUUUUUCUUAGCUGUCCUCCUGUCAAUGAGGAAGUGGUUCGCAAAGGAACAAGUGCUAUAUUUAGUGAGAUAGAUCGGACAAAUGAGGCCUGUCACAGAUAUUCAGAUGCUUGUUUAGAGCUUUGCAGGGAAAUUGAUGUAAAGGCUGUUGAUCUUUUUAAUGCUAUUCAGAAGAGAGAUGAUUGGAUGAAUGUGUGUUUUACAGAUGGUAUUCAUUUUUCGGCUGAGGGAAGCAAGAUAGUUGUGGAGGAGAUACUAAGGAUCCUCAAGGAAGCAGAAUGGGAGCCAUGUUUGCAUUGGAAGUCCUUGCCUACAGAAUUUGGAGAAGACUCGCCAUGUGAUAUGGUUGCUGCUGAUGGGAAGACCACAAUAAACAUUUCUGAGUGCACCUUUCACAGGGAGAUACAGUGGGACUAGUUGCUGACAAGUGUUGGCUUCUAUCCUGUGCUCAGUAGUUGAACUUUGCCCCUACAAUAUGAGCUGCACCAUGGAACCAACUCGGUGAUUUAUGCAACUGAAAAUGUAGUGCAAUUGUUGUUUGGAUCAAGUGAAAUAAUUGAUUGAAAAAAUUGAAGACCCUUUCAUUGUAUUUGAAGGGUGAGUUGUACUAAGAUUCUUUCCAUAUUCUAAACUAUGCAUUUAUCUGGUAGAUGAUUGAUUGUUCGUAGAAACUAAUGUAAUAGGCAAUGCUGGUAUGCAAUUCUUGAGAAUAACCAACCAAAUUUGCCCGAUGCCAA